GGCGCAUGCGCCUUUUUAUCAAGAUGGCAGCCGGAAGGUCUUUCUCGCAUGGCGAGUCUAAGAAAUAGUACGAUUCAUUCACUAUGAGUGCGUUUUGAAUGGUACUGUAAUAACGCGCCAUGUCAAUAGUUUACAAAGAUCCAAAAGGAUGGCUCCUAGAUGAGCUGUCCCAUGCCAGCAGGACAUUAAAAGUAGCACCCUUCGGAUUAAAAUACGCCUUCAAGCCGGAGUAUUUUGAUACUUAUGCUCCUCAUAUUGCGGAGAGCUCCAGUGCUUCGGACGCAAUCGCAUGUGUAAACAGAACCGAACAAGAAGACACAACAUCUAGAGAAAAGUCAGGGAAGACAACCAGGAAUAAUCACGAAGUUAAAAAGAAACGUAAGCGCAAACUUAGAGAGCUUAACCAAGGAGAAAUCGAUUUUCAUGAAUACCAUACAAAGAUCAGGAAAAUUAUUUUAGAGGGCACUAAACCUUUGGCUGCAGAAGGUCUUUCACUUGGGUUUCUUGAUCGAUCGGGAAUAAGAAAAGAAAGCUCACGUCUUGCUCCAAUAACUGAUGACAGCCGUCUGGCAGAUCUCUGUGAAAUGGCCAGGCAGCUCCCAUUAGACAGUGACAGUGAGCCAAAAGCUGUACAGAUCAUAAGAGAAGAGGACAUGACCUCUGCGGAUGAUCUGGAUCUGUUUUCAAGUGUGACGAGAAAUAGUACGGAUUGUGCCAGACUGGUAACUUUAAUGGGACAAAAAUACCUAAUUCCCCCCCAUAGUAGUUUUCUUCUAUCUGAUAUCUCAUGCAUACAGCCACUUCUCAGAUGCAAUAAUAAAUUUGAUGUCAUCAUCAUCGAUCCACCAUGGGAAAACAAAUCUGUUAAAAGGAGCAACAGGUACCAAUUCUUACCUGCUCAUCAACUGAAACAAAUUCCUGUACCAAAUCUGGCAGCCCCAGAAUGCCUUAUAGUUACCUGGGUGACCAACAGGCAAAAACACCUGAGGUUUGUGAAGGAUGAACUGUACCCGUUUUGGUCCAUUGAAGCAGUUACAGACUGGUGGUGGGUAAAAAUUACCAAGGCAGGAGAAUUUGUAUUUCCUCUUGAAUCUUCACAUAAGAAGCCGUAUGAAAAUCUGGUAUUGGGAAGAUAUAGAAAAAGCAAAGAGUAUUUUACAAGUGAAACAGAAACCACCAUUUACCCUAUACCAGAUCAAAAAAUAAUUUGCAGUAUACCUUCCACCCUUCAUUCCCAUAAACCCUCACUUUCAGAGGUCCUGAAAGAGUACAUCAGUCCAGAUGCAAGGUGCUUGGAGCUGUUUGCACGCAACCUUCAGCCUGGUUGGACAAGUUGGGGAAAUGAAGUUCUUAAAUUCCAGCAUAUUAGCUAUUUUAAUACGAUAUAGCAGUUUUACUUUAUUGUACCACAAAUUAUUAUUAUAUUUUGAACCUCUGUGCCUAAAAUUCUGAAAUGUAAAUACAGUAUUGUAUUUUAUCACACAUUCGUCAAAUAGGUUUGGUUUCCAUUAUUCAUUGAAGUUGUGUACAGCAAAAGAAAGUUGCAUUGACUUUGUAUUUUUGUUUGUUUCUUUUACCUCAAAAUGCUUUGUUUAUACAUUCUUUAUACUGUAUAUAUUUCUGUUUUUACAAGGAUCUAAUGUAAGUUUCUACUUAAUUUAUCAUGCUUGGAAUUUUUUUUUAUUUUUCUUAUUUUUUUUUUUUUACUGUAGAUAUUAUUUAACAAGAAAUACUUUUACAACUCAGCAAAUGCAGCUAAACCUAUUAUAAAUUAAAUGGUGACUCAUAAAUAUUCUUUAAAUUUAAAUGAUUUUAGAAAAUUAAAUGUUUUUAUGCACUUUGACUUGUGUUGAAUAUUGCCAGGGGUCACAAUGAAAUAACUGAAAUGAAAUGAAAUAUUAUACAGUGUAACACCUAAUAGAUACAUAUACUGUAUAUAUGGUUAACAAUUUAUUUCGAAGCUUGCAAUCUUAUGUAGCAAUAAAAAGUUGACUAAAUAAAAUUACAGAUAUUAAAAAUAGUUAUUAGUGUAUACUAUGCUAUAUGAUAUUAAAAAUAUAAUGCCUUGUGAGAACUGCACAUAUAAACCAACA